UCAAUUUUGAAUUCUGACAGACGGAGUUGCAAAAAAUUUGUCAUGAAUUAAUAAAUUAUUUACCGCGUAAACAAAAGGCUCAUUCCGCUGUUAAUGCCUCUAACAUACGCCGGUUCUAAUACUUUAUCGGUCUAUUGUUCAUUUAAUGUCGUAGGAAGGUGAUAUCAUACAUUUUUGUGUUUCUAUUGUAGUCGAUGAUGUAAGAAAUUGAAGGUCUCGUAGGCUUUUGUGUAUGUUGUAGUUGUGUAUACUAUCGUGAACUUAAUAAGUAGUCAUGGAGGGCGAGGACGGCGGACUGGGUGCUGCGGAGAAAGAGGAAUGCGAGAGCAGCACUCAUUCGACGCCGCAGGAACACAAGUCUUUUGCUGAGUUUGCAAAAGACAAGUUGGACAGUGCGGGGCGGGAGCUUCGCCGCCGCCUGCCCAUGGCGGGGCAACUCGGGGCGCAUCUGAUGCACCCGCGGCGGCUCCUGCUGCACUCGACGCCUACGCAACAGACCGAUGUUGUGCUCAUAUUCCCUAAAGGCCUCCCAGACAGUAUGCUGCUAUGGCUGCUGCAGAAACUUCGCGGCAGUCGCCCCAGGUUGCGCGUGUGUGUACGCCAACACGCCAGCUCGCAAUGUUCCGCGUUCUACAUAACAGCUGAUGACGAUGUGCUGUUGCAAACUGCGGAAGAAGUGCAUCUGCCCAAACUCCUCAAGCCUGAGUUUGGAGGUGGUUACAAGGAGUUCACAGUUCGCGACAUGCACUGUUUCCAAAAGGGUUCCUCAGCGGCCGAGCUACUAAACUCACAAGAGCGUGGGGCGUUGGUGAAACAUGUAUUGGAGUCGGCGCGCGCCGAGCCGGGCGAUGAGCAUGCUUUAGAACCGGCGCUGACGCUGCGGCCUGGACAGAGCAUCGUGCCAGCAUGCGUGAGCAGAGGAGUGGUGGCCAGUAUGUUCCCACUUCACGAACGGAACGCGCUGGAGAACCUCAGGAAGAAAUGGGUUAAGACGUUCUUCUCUCCGCAACCUUUAGAUGAAAUUAGCGAAUACUUUGGAGUAAAAAUAGCGAUGUACUUUGCUUGGCUCGGACAUUACACACAAUCGUUAACAGUACCUGCAGUAGUUGGCUUUAUUUUUUGGAUUUGGUUGGGCACAGCAAACGAGAACUGGAAAGACAUAGCUUAUGUAUUAUUCUCACUGUUUAAUGUGCUGUGGGCUUGUGUUUAUUUGGAGACGUGGAAAAGAUACUCCAACGCUUUGGCUUACAAGUGGGGCACAUUGGACCAAAGAGAUGACUUGCUUGUUGAGCCUCGACCCCUUUUCGAGGGUGAAAUGGGUACAAGCCCAGUAACCGGGCGGCCGGAGCCCCAAUACGCUGCGUGGCGGCGUCGCGUGUGGCGCCAUUGCGUGUCAUUGCCAGUGAUGCUGGUAUGCCUUAGUGUGGCCACUGUGGCCACCUUCGCGUUUCUGCGGGCUCAGCAUAGAAUGACCACCGCUGAACUGGCUUGUCGCCACGUUCGCACUACGCUCAGCCCAGUAACAGGGAGGCCGGAGCCCCAAUACGCUGCCUGGCGGCGACGCGUGUGGCGCCACUGUGUGUCGUUGCCAGUGAUGCUGGUAUGCCUUAGUGUGGCAACUGUGGCUACCUUCGCGUUUCUGCGGGCUCAGGAUUGGUGGGAAACUAGGAUAGUAUAUUUCACGUGGAUACCACGGGCAUUUCUAGCCAUAAUUAUCGCAGUCGAGGAAGAAGUGUACGCCCGGAUAGCGAGAUGGCUCAACGAUAAAGAAAACUAUCGUCUCGAGACAAAGUAUGAAAAUCACCUGAUUGUGAAAAUUGCAUUGUUUCAAUUCGUGAACUCUUUUAUGAGCUUGUUUUACAUCGCGUUUUAUAUUCAGGAUAUGGAUAAGUUAAAAGAGCAACUAGCAGUGUUGCUAAUAACGCGACAAGUGAUAGGAAAUCUGAAGGAAUCGGCUUUACCGUAUCUCAUCGAGAAUUUGAGGUUGGCGAAGAUUUGUAUCGACGUUUUCGGAGCUUUGAGUCCUAGUAAAGUGCCAACAUCAGCCCAGCUAACAGAGAUGUUCGACAAAAAAACGGACUCUUCAGGAGACGCGCCCGAGAAUAGUCUGAUCAACGGCACCGACCCUGAUCGAAGGGACUCUGAACCCAUCGUCGGACAGAAGGUCAUCCAUCAAGCCGAGCUCGAGUCGCAGCUGUUUAAGAGAUGUAAGAAGACCGAUUCGUCUGGAGACGCGCCUGAAAACAGCCUCAUCAACGGAACCGACCCUGAUCGAAGGGACUCAGAGCCUAUUGUCGGACAGAAGGUCAUCCAUCAGGCCGAGCUGGAGUCGCAGCUGUUUAAGAGAUGUAAGAAGACCGAUUCGUCCGGAGACGCGCCUGAAAACAGCCUGAUCAACGGCACCUAUCCUGAUCGAAGGGACUCUGAACCCAUCGUCGGGCAGAAGGUCAUCCAUCAGGCCGAGCUGGAGUCGCAGCUGUUUAAGUACGAAGGCACCUUCGCGGAGUACCUCGAAAUGCUCACUCAACUCGGCCACGUAGUUCUCUUCUCAUCCGCCUUUCCCUUGGCGGCGCUGUGCGCUCUACUUAACAACGCGGCGGAGGUGCGAGCGGACGCGUUCAAACUGUGCCACGUGGCGCAGCGGCCCUUCGGCGAGCGGAUCAGCAACAUAGGCAGCUGGCAGCACGCAAUGGAAGCGAUGGUGGGCGUGGCGGUGCUGGUGAACUGCGCGCUCAUCGGGCUCUCGGGGCCCGUGCACCGCCUGCUGCCCGGCGCCGCGCCCGCGCACUCCGUGCUGCUCAUCGUGGCUUUGGAGCACGUGAUCCUGGUGGUGGUGCUGGCGCUGCGCAUGGCCAUCCCGGAGAUCCCGGCGUGGCUGGCCACCGAGAUGGCCAAGGUCGAGUUCCAGAGAAGGGAGGCCAUUAAGAACGCGCACGCGCCGCUUUUGCCCAGUCUGCCUCAAAAAGAGGCCACUCGGCCUGAGCACGUGAUCCUGGUGGUGGUGCUGGCGCUGCGCAUGGCCAUCCCGGAGAUCCCGGCGUGGCUGGCCACCGAGAUGGCCAAGGUCGAGUUCCAGAGAAGGGAGGCCAUUAAGAACGCGCACGCGCCGCUUUUGUUCACUCACGUGAUCCUGGUGGUGGUGCUGGCGCUGCGCAUGGCCAUCCCGGAGAUCCCGGCGUGGCUGGCCACCGAGAUGGCCAAGGUCGAGUUCCAGAGAAGGGAGGCCAUUAAGAACGCGCACGCGCCGCUGUUGUCGGAGUGCGCGAGCUCAGACGACGUGCGAACGCCGGCACGCAGCACGCCACGUGCCACGCCCACCACGCCGCGGGUAGCGCGCGCGCCGCCGCACGCGGAACACAGCUCUGGCCCGACCACAGAUCGUCCGAAAUCGCCUAUGGCUCCUGGCAACAAAAUCAACAUUGGGAAAAUACCAGAAAUUCCACCUUUCAGGUCAUGGCUUCUCUAUCGUUCUUCAGCGUGGCACAUGACGUCAUUUCGUGGUGAUAAUUUGAGGGUGUCUUUCAGGCCUAAAGCGGCGUCCAUAACGGAACCGGUCACAACUGGGUCUUUGCAAAUGCUGCAGGAUGUUAGCCCUACUAAGCCUAUUCGACGCAAGGAGGUGGUACCGGGUGCUCCGCUAUCCCUGCUCGGUGUGCGAGGCCUCCGCGACGAGCCGCUGCACCGCUCGGCGCACUGCAUCCCGCACCCCGCACAGCACCGCCCGCUGGUUAACCCCACGCUGCAGGAGCUGUCAGGCAGCGUGAGCGCGGGUGGUUCUGAGCCGGACUUGAACGCGGUACCUUCCACAAUCGACAUCAGCGCUACUUCGAGUGAGGACGACAAGCCCAAGGAUAAAGGAAGUCGGUCGCGCGCCAAAGCAGCGCUAGUAAAGCGCGUGCGUUCAGUGGCAGUGUUCUCUCUCGGACUGCGUAAAGCGCGUGAAGCACAUGCAGCAGCUGAAAGGCCCGCUCGCACGCCCGCCACGCCUGACAAGCAGGUACAAUAUGAUAUGAACCUUAUUUGA